ACAAAGUAUUUUUUAACGCAACACACCACCACCCACGGUGUCCUGUUUCGAGAGGGCCUCUACACUCACCAGCGUAGCACUGAAGCUGCCCCCGGAAGACACGUGGCGCGUCUCUUUCAUUUGGUUACCGACCUUCUUAAACCCUACAAUUUUCAAUUGAACCCUCUUCUUCUCGCGUUUAUUUAUGCAGUGUAUGCUCAUGCUUCAAUUUGUUUCAUCGUUGUAAAGGACUUAAGAAAAUUCUGUGGAACGUUGAGGGUUCUCGGCUCUAUAGAGGCAGUGAAUGAACCUACAUAGGAAUACAACGUGGAUCUAUUAGUGCAAACUUUUAUCUUUCAUGGAGAACAAAUCGGAUAAGAUGCUGAAUGAUAAUAAGGAGAGCUCUCAUGUGGACAAUGUAUUGGCCGACACCAAUUAUCCAAAGAUAGGAGUGGACAAAGGUGUUUUGAAAAAUUUUACACAAUCUUCAGAUGUUACAGAAACAAGGAUAGCAGCUGAUUGGAAAGGUGGUGAAAGUUGUCCAAAGGGUGCACAUGCGGUGGAAAUUGAUGCAGCUGGGGAUGUAAACAUGGAGGCAUCCAUAACACCUGAUGAUGUUAUAAGGGCUGGAGGAUUUGGUGCCAGGGAUGAUAUCAGUAGCUUUCUUCCUGUAGCAAGUGAUUCUACUGACUUUGAAGCUUCAAUCCGUGAUGCACGAGAUUAUGAAGAACCACAGGGUCAAGUGAGCAGACCCGGCCUUGGAUGGACUGGUGCUGCUGCUGAGGGGGAAUGAAUAUUGGUGCUGUUAUAUAGGACCAUUAUUCGCAACUUGUUUUUAGCUGGAAGACCAUGUGUUUCUGGCUAAUAAUAGCUGGUAAUGGUUAAAAAUCAAAGUCCUUUGAUACUGAAAAAAUCUUGUCAGUAAUAGUAAUAACAGCAGAUGAUUUUUCUCUUAAAAAUAGUUGGUUCUUAACCUAGUGUUUGAUUUGUCUUUGUUAAGUGGGAUGUUACAUAUAAAAAUUUCGAUAUCCUUCAAUC